GCAGCUUCGGUGUGAUUUCGGUCUGGCUGCUCUUUGUCCUCCAUUAGAGCUCGGAUUCCCAGCCCCACUGUACGGCGCAGGCCCGAAGUAGCGCAGCCGCUCUGAGUGUGUUAGAGGCCUGCCAGAAUGAUGGAGGACCACUCUGUGCAUCAGACGGAGCACAUGACCACGAUCGAGGCCCACGCCGUCAGCCAGCAGGUGCACGUGGCCACCUUCACCGAGCACAACAUGCUGAGCGCCGACGAAGACUCGCCCUCGUCCCCGGAUGAUGACAUCUACGACGACUCGGACAUCCUCAACUCAGCCGGGCAGGACGAGGUCACUGCGCACCUGGCCGCCGCAGGUCCGGUCGGCAUGGCAGCGGCUGCUGCCGUGGCAACUGGCAAAAAGCGUAAGAGACCCCACAUCUUCGAGUCAAACCCCUCGAUCCGCAAGAGACAGCAGACACGACUGCUAAGGAAGCUGCGAGCGACGCUUGAUGAGUACACCACCAGAGUGGGGCAACAGGCCAUCGUCCUCUGCAUCUCUCCCUCCAAACCCAACCCUGUGUUCAAGGUGUUUGGAGCCGCCCCGCUGGAGAACGUGGUGAGGAAAUACAAGAGCAUGAUCCUGGAGGAUCUGGAGAACGCCCUGGCUGAACACGCUCCUCCGGGGGGGGACAUGGCCUCUGAGCUGCCCCCUCUCACCAUCGACGGCAUCCCUGUCUCCGUGGACAAGAUGACCCAGGCCCAGCUGCGUGCCUUCAUCCCAGAGAUGCUGAAGUACUCCACAGGCAGGGGGAAGCCAGGCUGGGGCAAGGAGAGCUGCAAGCCCAUCUGGUGGCCAGAGGACAUCCCCUGGGCCAAUGUCCGGAGCGACGUCCGUACUGAGGAGCAGAAACAGAGGGUGUCGUGGACGCAAGCGCUGCGGACCAUCGUGAAGAACUGCUACAAGCAGCACGGUCGAGAGGACCUGCUGUAUGCCUUCGAGGACCAGCAGGUUCCCCAGCACCACCUCACCUCCACCCAGAGCAUCGCCCACCUGGUGCCCUCUCAGACCGUCGUCCAGACGGUCAACAACCCCGACGGCACCGUGUCCCUCAUCCAGGUGGGCACAGGCGCUACGGUGGCUACACUGGCCGACGCCUCUGAGCUGCCCGGAGUGACCGUGGCUCAGGUCAACUACUCCACCGUGACUGACGGAGAGCACCUGGCUGCAGUGUGCCGCGCCCUGCCCAUGGACGUGUCGCCACAGAUUAUUGUGGAACAGAACUGGGCCACGUUGCAGGGAGGUGAGAUGACCAUCCAGACCACGCAGGCGUCAGAGGCCACCCAGGCCGUGGCCUCGCUGGCGGAGGCAGCCGUCGCAGCCUCCCAGGAAAUGCACCCUGGGGCCACCGUCACCAUGGCGCUCAACAGUGAAGCGGCAGCCCAUGCCGUAGCUACGCUGGCUGAAGCCACCCUGCAGGGAGGAGGGCAGAUCGUGCUGGCGGGGGAGACAGCUGCUGCUGUGGGGGCCCUGGCAGGGGUGCAGGACGGGACCGGUCUUGUCCAGAUCCCGGUUAGCAUGUACCAGACUGUGGUCACCAGCCUCGCCCAGGGCAACCGGCCCGUCCAGGUCGCCAUGGCGCCCGUCGCCACGCGCAUCGACAACACAGUCACUCUUGACGGCCAGGCAGUGGAGGUUGUGACUCUUGAACAGUGACAAUGACUCCUCCCCCCUGCAGGUGUGUUGCAGCAGGAGGAGAGGGCACAAAAUGGCCGCCACAGGGAUUGCCAGUUUCCACACACCCAGCUCUGUACAAUGUAAAAUAUAUUUUUAAAUGUACAUCUGCAGGGGAAAUUAGAGCAAUGAAUUUAUCAUUAUUGUGUUUACUAUGUAAAGAGGAUGUUGUUCUUUUUUUUGGGGGGGGAGAGGGUGGGGGGCGAGGGUUGUUGUGUAAUUUCCUUUUGCCGUUUAGCUGCUUUUUGAUUAGCUUUGUGAUGUUGACUAUUGUGUUACAAGGGUUAGAGACUACUUAGUAUUUAUUUUCUUUACACUUAAACCUUUUAGCAAAUAAAGAUGAACCAAAAAACACCAGAGGUAUCCACCACCUGUUCACCACCUGUUAAGUACUUACCACUGUCUUGUUGAUUUGAUUUUCGGUACUCUAAGUCCAAGUGUGCGAGCAUGUUUUGUUUUCCUAUCCUUUAUCCUUAGACUGCAGUUACCAACUCUGUGCCAUAUUGAUAGUACACUAUUUGCUCCGCUGUCAUAGACCUCAUAUGCAAUCAAAGGGUGCCAGAACUAUCCUUCUGUUUUGAUGGAUCACUGCUGUAUUGUAAGUGCUUCUCCCGUGUUGGGCGACCAAGGACCCCGUGUGACACCUCUCUCCCAACAAACUACUCAUUGAAAUAUUCCUCUGAAGUAUGUGUCCUAUUCUGUGGUGUUUCCCAGUCCUUUUGAACUGUACUUCAAACUUACGCUGGGAUUUGUGAACAAACUCAGGAUAUAUAGUAAGUUUUUUGUUUGUUUUGCAAUUGAUUCCAUUUGCGGUGUAUAAAGUAAGCAGCCAUUUUGACACCAGAUCAUAUCACUGAUUCGUUGGUCCCAAUGCAUGACUGAGUAGAACUCACCAGAGUAUUUUUUAAAUAGGAUGGACUCUUUUUGAAGUCAGUUGUGGUACUGGGUUUGUAAAUUUGGGGUGGGGAGCAUACUUGAUAUUUGUAUUUAUGUGGAACAAAAUUUAAUCUUAAAAUCUUUUUGCAGUUUGCAGAAAAUGCUCACACAUUACAGUUGUAAUUAUGACACAAUGGUUCAAUAUGCCAGAAGUUUAAAACACUCCAGACGUCCAUGUUUAAAGUCCAAUAAAGUGUCCACUGUUCCCCUGUCAAA